AAAGCACUGAAACAUUGCGACGCGUAGAAUUGUGCAGGUAGCCAUUAGCAAGGAGUAAUGAAAUUGAAUAAUCGACAUAUUUUCUGUUGUCUGCAUGUUGCACUCUCAGUUGCGUUUCAGGUGCGGACCCCAGAGUCCACAGUAGUGGGUGCGUAUGGUGGUCCAGUUGUACUGGGCUGUGUGUUCCCCAGCAUGGACCCGGGACUCCCUGUAGACCCGGGGCUUGUGGUUACAUGGCAGACACAAGGGGACUCCCGAGUGCUUCACAGCUACUACCAUGGGACAGACCAACUGGACCGCCAAAGUAGGGAGUACCACAACCGAACCAGGCUGUACCAUUCUGAGCUGAGAGUUGGGAAUGCCUCCCUCAUGCUGGAGCGAGUGCAUCUGGAAGAUGAGGGCCGGUAUAUCUGCUCCAUCAGUACCAAGGACGGGGUUGGCAGGGCCGAAGUCCAGCUCACAUACGCAGCUUUCUACAACGAGCCUUGUCUAACCAUCCAGGCCCACCCCAACAGUGUGACCUUUGUGUAUGAGAGCGAGGGUUACCCAGAACCCCAGGUCCAGUGGACAGACCCCUUGGGUCACAGCCUGGACUUCAAGACCAACGUUUCCUCCAGGCAGCCGGGUCUCCUCUCUCUGCGGACCCAGCUUGUGGUGCAGCAGGGUGGGGCAGUCAACUACACCUUCUCCCUUGGAAACCCUCUCCUGAAACAGGUCAUUCGACGGCCUGUGGCUUAUGUACCCAGUCGGAGUGACAUGGACCAGAACCGACAUAGAUUCACUGGACUGCUUCCUGUCUUUGCUGGACUGCUUUUGGUCUUCUGACUUACCGCCAGAUCUUUCCAGGGGUGUCAGUUAUGGUAAAAUCGGACUCACGGUAAACAUUUAUUCAUUUCAUUUGGUCAUGUCCCAUCGGUUAUUCUCAGACCAGGAAAAUAGGCAAGUUCCUGUUUUUCAAUGGCUUUCAUUUCUUCCAUACCAAACCCAAUUCCUUUAUGUGAUCCUGUGUGUAGUCUAAAAUUGGUACAUUCCUUGACAUAAUGAAUGCUUUGUCUGUUAGCACAUGACAAAUAAUAAUGUUUUUAGGGCUAACAUGAAGAUUUCUGUCAGGCUUUCUCAAAUAGGUAUAUUUCAGCCCCUAUAGUGGCUGUAAAUGACAGAAGACAGAAUAAAAUAAAACAAUUUUUUUAACAAAAGUCUGUCUGCAGACUGUACACCAUGUUCAUUUAAUAAGAUCACUUGCCUAAGUAGUAUUGUAAUUUGAAUGUCAGAAAAGGGUUUUAUAGAUACACUUUAGUAUUUUUAUUGACAAUCUGCUGUUCGCCACAUACUGUCUUCUUACUUUAGUUAAGCGAAUCACGUAGUUUGAAGCCUUCAUCUUUUAUAAAGUUUACUACUACCAUAUAAAUCAUGAGUAAAAUUGGUAUAGUUCAAUAAAUAAAAUACUACUUAAUUAC